AUGUCUAUGGCCGAAUACAAAAUGAAGAGGGACGCCUGUCGUCCCAAAGUGCUGGAUAAAUACGAAAUCAUUGGCUUUAUUAGUUCGGGUACAUAUGGUCGAGUCUACAAAGCGCGGUCGAGAAACAAAGACGAUCAUCGUGAAUUCGCCAUCAAGAAAUUUAAGCCAGAUAGAGAAGGCGACACACAUCAUUACGUCGGUAUAUCACAAUCAGCCUGUAGAGAGAUUGCAUUAUGUAGAGAGCUCAAGCAUGACAAUGUGGUGUCAUUAGAAGAAGUGCUGUUAGAAGAUAAGGCCAUUUUCAUGGUGUUUGAAUAUGCAGAGCACGAUUUUCUGCAAAUCAUUCAUUAUCACCUACACACAGAGCGAAAACCUAUAAUGGAAGUUGUAGUGAAGUCGAUAUUAUGGCAACUCAUUAACGGCGUGGCUUAUUUACAUUCUAAUUGGGUUUUGCAUCGUGAUCUGAAGCCUGCGAACGUACUGCUGACGAGCGAGGGUGUUGUGAAAACGGGUGAUUUGGGCCUUGCGAGAUUAUUCAACAAACCUCUGCAACCACUAUUCAACGGCGAUAAAGUGGUUGUUACUAUCUGGUACCGUGCUCCCGAGCUGUUGUUUGGAUCAAGGCACUACACAAAAGCAAUUGACAUGUGGGCUGUUGGAUGUAUUUUUGGAGAGUUACUAGCAUUGAAACCUAUAUUUAAGGGCGAGGAAGCUAAGAUGGAUGGCAAAAAGAACGUGCCAUUUCAAAGAAGUCAACUGACAAAGAUAUUUGAGAUUAUGGGCACGCCAACAAAGGAAAGAUGGCCGACUAUAGAUCAAUUACCAGACUAUCCUCAUCUCAGUUCCUUCCCACAAUGUCCCAACAACCUCAAACAAGUAUACCAAAUGAUGUUGAGCCCAAAGAGCGAGGCAGGGUUCAACUUAUUAUCAGCAUUAUUAGAAUACGACCCCGCAAAGAGAAUCACAGCUGAAAAAGCCCUGAAUCAUCCCUAUUUCCAAGAAGAUCCCAAGCCUGUGAUGAAUGUCUUGGCUCAGCACGGUGUGGAAUAUCCUCUUCGACGAAUCACACAGGAAGAUAACGACAUUAAAGCGUCCAAACAAGUGCAGCCAAACAAGGAUGACCAUUCAAGCAGAAUGGCCAAGAAACCUAGGAAUGCUUAA